CCUUUUCUGGGAGGCCGUUCCAAACAGAAGAAGUCCUUGAUCAAGAUUUUUUGAAACACUGAUAUUAGAACAUAAACAGCUUAACUGGAGAGAAGUAGUUUGUCUUCUGUCUCAAACAACGAACACAUGAUCUCACGCUGCUAGUCCAGAAAGUGGAGACCUGAGGGAGGACUUCAACAGCUGAUGGUCCGAUCACUACAGCACACCUCCAGCGAUAUCAUCAUCAUCAUCAUCAUCAUCAUCAUCAUCCUCACCAACCCCCUGAACAGAAGCUGUUCAAUGAACCCAUCAGGUCAAACACAGACUGUCACCUAAUACAGAUAUGAGCUCUCAGGACAGCACUGCAUAAAUGUACAUCCAAAGAGACAAAGUCAGUCACUUCCUCCACCAGCAAACAGCCUCAACACUUCUCACAUCAACAGGUCGACAACUGAGUCCAACACAUCAUGGAGAACAGUUCCAGCAGUUUGGAAUCCAUCCAGGAGGCAGCAAUGCUCAGAUCAGCAGGUGUUGUUGGAGACCCAUACCUGGCUGGAGGAUACUUGAUAGGAAGCUCCCUGCUGGGCUUCCUCAUCAUCAUCGGGGUCUUCUGGUACCAUCACAGCAAUCUCAGCCUUUUUAAAAGAUCCUUCGUCAUGACCUUCACCUGCCAGGAAAACAGUCUCAUGGGUGUUGAAGUCAUCUACAACUCUCUGGUGACUCUGCUCACCAUGGAUGCUGUGAAUCUGAUCGUGGCAAUAAUCUUGGGAGCUGAGAUCGUUGGAAGCUUCUGCGAUGGUAAAAGGAGCUGUUUCUACAUCAAAAACGUCUGGUUCCUGUCCAGAUGGUUUGGAGUGAUUUUUCAUCUUCUGAGCACCUUGUUGUCCAUCAAUCAUCUGUGUCAUCAGCCACUGAGUGUAACCAGGGUUCGCAUCGCCUACUCAUUGAUUGGUCUAAUGAUUGGCAUUAUAAUUCCACUUCAUCUGUAUGCUGCCGGAGUGGCCAUAUUCAUUUUAACUGUUUUCAUGUUUCUGUUUGCUUUGGCUGUCAUUGUAAAAGCUACAACACCUACCUCAUCCCCGUCCACUGCCACCCUGAAGAAACUGAUCAUGGUUGUUGCCAUGUGCAACUUUCUGGUUGUCUACGUUCCCACUUUCAUUCUUUACCUCCUCCUUUACGGCUCAUAUGACAAUGACAAGUUAGUGAAUUAUAUAACUGCUUAUGUGAAUUUUCUGGUUUUCACAAACCUUCACCUCACUUUCGAUGGAUUCCAGUGCGCUUUAGUCCUGAAGUUGCCUUCAAGAGAAGAACAGCAACAACAGCAACAUGAGCUACAACAGUGGUAGCAACAACAGCAACAACAGUUGGGUUUACAAAUACAGGAUUCACAGCGUCUACAACUGUAUAUCAGCCAUGAGCAAAAUUAUGUCUCUGCACCACAAAAAUCAAUGUGCAUCCCAAGUACUGAAAGAUAAUCCAGGAUCGUUUCACUAUUCACAAUUAUUACUGUCUUCUUGGGCUGUACCUGUUGGACAGAAGGAUGCAGCUCCUACUUUAUUUAUGUAAACCUUUACACAUGUGGACAAAAUUGUUGGUACCCCUCGGUUAAUGAAAGAAAAAACCCACAAUGAUCACAGAAAUAAUUUGAAUCUGACAAAAGUAAUAAUCAAUAAAAAAUUCAUGAAAAUUAACCAAUGAAAAUCAGACAUUGCUUUUGAACUGUGGUUCAACAGAAUUAUUUUAAAAAAUAAACUCUUGAAACAGGCCUGGACAAAAAUGAUGGUAUCCCUAGAAAAGACUGAAAAUAAUGUGACCAUAGGGACAUGUUCAAUCAAGGUGUGUCCUCUAAUUAGCAUCACAGGUGUCUACAAACUUGUAAUCAGUCAGUCGGCCUAUUUAUAGGGUUACAGUAGUCACUGUGCUGUUUGGUGACAUGGUGUGUACCACACUAAACAUGGACCAGAGGAAGCCAAGGAGAGAGUUGUCUCAGGAGAUUAGAAAGAAAAUGAUAGACAAGCAUGUUAAAGGUAAAGGCUAGAAGACCAUCUCCAAGCAGCUUGAUGUUCCUGUGACUACAGUUGCAUAUAUUAUUCAGAAAUUUAAGAUCCAUGGGACUGUAGCCAACCUCCCUGGACGUGGCCUCAGGAGGAAAACUGAUGACAAAUGGAAGAGACAGAUAAUAUGAAUGGUAACAAAAGAGGUCAGAACAACCUCUAAAGACAUUAAAGGUGAACUCCAAGGUCAAGGUACAUCAGUGUCAGAUCGCACCAUCCGUCGUUGUUUGAGUCAAAGUGGACUUCAUGGGAGACGACCAAGGAGGACACCAUUGUUGAAAACAAAUCAUAAAAAGCCAGACUGGAAUUUGCCAAACUGCAUGUUGACAAGCCACAAAGCUUCUGGGAGAAUGUCCUAUGGACAGACGAGACAAAACUGGAACUUUCUGGCACAUCAGCUCGAUGUUCACAGACGCAAUAAUGAAGCAUAUGAAGAAAAGAACACUGUCCCUACUGUGGAACAUGGAGGAGGUUCUGUUAUGUUCUGGGGCUGCUUUGCUGCAUCUGGAACAGGGUGUCUUGAAUCUGUGCAGGUACAAUGAAAUCUCAUGACUAUCAAGGUAUUCUAGAGAGAAAUGUGCUGCCCAGUGUCAGAAAGCUUGGUCUCAGUCGCAGGUCAUGAGUCUUGCAACAGGAUAAUAACCCAAAACACACAGCUAAAAACAGCCAAGAAUGGCUCAGAGGAAAACACUGGACUAUUCUGAAGUGGCCUCUAUGAGCCCUGAUCUAAAUCCUAUCUGUGGAAGGAGCUGAAACAUGGCGUCUGGAGAAGGAACCUUCAAACCUGAGACAACUGGAGCAGUCUGCUGAUGAGGAGUGGACCAGAAUACCUGCUGAGAGGUGCAGAAGUCUCACUGACAGUUACACAAAUGGUUUGAUUGCAGUGACUGCCUCAAAGGUUGUGCAACAAAAUAUUAAGUUAAGGGUACCAUCAUUUUUGUCCAGGCCUGUUUCAUGAAUAUAUUUUUUAAAAUAAUUCUAUUGAACCACCAUUCAAAAGCAAUGUCUGAUUUUCAUUGGUUAAUUUUCAUAAAAUUUUUAUUUAUUAUUACUUUUUACAGAUUCAAAUUAUUUCUGUGACAGCCACAAUGUUAAAACCAGCAGCCUAAUGUUAUGAAGAUCCUUUUAAUGCUUACAGAACAACCAGAAUUUUGGACCUCUGGUUGGUCCUGUGGUGUCCGGCAUCGAUAUGUUGCAGUGAAUCCUUCGAGUUUGAUGGUUUGCAGGCCUCCAUGGAGGGGACUUGAUGCUGAUCGGAUUGGUAUCUGGGCUUUGGAGACCUUCUGAGCUCUUGGUCAUGUUCCUUAAGCCAUCUCAGAACAGUUUGAGUGUUGUAGGAGGGACAUUUUUCUGCUUGUGUUGGGGAUCUAUGCUCAGCCUGGUGAGUGGCACAUGUCAAAGUUACAUCCACAUGAAUGCCAAGGACACUGCAGUAUAACAAGAAAAUCUAAAGCUCUUCAUUUCGCUGGUCAGUGGCUUUAAAGUUGUGACUGACGGGUGAAUAUUUGACGAUAAAGAGAAGGUUGAGUUGGAUUUUCUAAGAGACAUGUGGCCCAAUGAUAAAAUCUAGUCCAGAACUUCCAGCUAAGCUAGGCUAACCACAUCCUGAUGUACCCUCAGCUAUCUUUCGAUCUUGGUCUUGGAAAGAUGUUGAAUACAAGCAUUGCCAUGUACAGACAUGUAACAACACAUCAUGGACAUGGAAAUACUAUGCUGUUGUUGUUUGCAGAGCUUGUAACUGGUUGUAACUUUGACUCAUUUACUACAGUAACUGGAAAACAUAAAGGAAGAGAGAAAUCUAAGUAGGAGAACCAGAAUUACCAGUUUAAAUUCCACUGUGGGAGGUGACGUUUAACUUUUACCAGGAACAGUUCAAGACAUUCAUGUUGCUUUGGACACAUCUGUUGAGGACAAUCUGUCUGCGGAUCAACACAAGUAAGACAUUAUUUAUUCUAAUUAAACAGUGUAGAGGGUAAUAGCAUAAAAAAUGUUAUAUCUGCUUCAAGAUAAGUUGAACUGUAGCUUUACGAUAUUUCAGAAAUGUUUUUCAAAAAUGCCGAGAGGUAAGAGUCGAGGUUGGUGUUACGAGGAUUCAGAUUCAGAUUCAGAAAACUUUACUGUUCCCAGGGGGCAAUUAAAAGGGGAUAUACCUAACACAUGGGAAGAAGAUUUUUUUGGGAGUUUUAGUCAAAGUACUAACCCUUAAAUUAAAAAGAAAAUGUCCUGCAGUCAAUGUAGCUAUGUAGUAAAUGAAUUUUUUUUUUAGUGAUGUUUAUGCGUUUGAGUUUUUGUAACAUUGAGAAAACAAUAAAGCACAAGCUUAGCAGAGCGUCACAUGUACUGGAACAUUGUUGGCUCCAAUUAUUUGGCACUGACCUGAGUGCACAGCACAAGUCGUGACACACCUUCUUUAAUCUAUUGCUCAUUUUUUUCCUUAAUCUACUGUUGUGUCUGCACAUUAUAUAAAUGUAAUUGUAUUAAUAAUAGAGGCAAUCUGGAAGUUUGUAAAAGUAUGAAGCAUAUCAGGCUGAAUAAAGGCUGAAAAACAAUGCACAAGACCUGCAGGAUAUUUAAUUUUAACAUAAGGAUACAGUUUUAAAAAACACUGGGAUUCAAACAUUAGUGUCAUUAAAGAGCUGAACGAAAACUCUUCUAUAAGCAGAAUUCAUAGCUUUUCAAAGUUUGUUCAGAAGGAUACUUUUGUAGUGCUGAGAUGAGAAGUUUCAGUGUGUAUUUGGUUUUAUUCCAGUUAUCUUUGAUACAUGUCAUUAUGAGAUUAUGUAUUGUAGAUUGCAACUCAACAAUGACUCUUGUUUUUAAUUUUCUCUAUUCAUAAAAGGAGGUGUCAUCUGCAUAUAAUGACAUUUUGCUGUUUAACCAUUGAGAAAUCUUAGAAACAUGGCUGCUGCUUUGUCUGAGGAGCAGUUUCUGUGCAGCAUUUGUCUGGAGAGCUUCAAAAACCCCGUCUCUAUCCCAUGUGGACACAACUUCUGCCUGGAAUGCAUCAAACGCUACUGGGACACCAAACGUAAGUCGGACUGUCCUCUCUGCAAAGAGACCUUCAGAAACCGUCCACAACUCCGGGUUAACGUGGGCUUGAGAGACAUCACUGAGCAAUUUAAAAGAUCCCUGAAGGGCAAACCUGGAUACAAGCCGGUGCCACCGAAGAGACUCUCCCAAAGGCAGUCUUCCAGAUCUGAUGAAGUUCCCUGCAACAUCUGCGACGAACACACGGUGACAGCGGUCAAGUCGUGCUUCGUCUGCCAGGCGUCAUACUGCGACGUUCACCUGACACCUCACCAGCAGGAUCCAGUUCUGAUGAAGCACCGGCUAGUGGAUCCGGCCGUCUUCGCCACCAGCCACCACUGCAGAAACCACAACAAGCUGCUGGAGAUGUUCUGCAAGACUGACCAGACGCCUGUUUGUUUGAAAUGCACAGAGAGGGACCACAAACACCAUGAGAUCGUCCCAAUGGAGAAGGAGAGCAGGAGGAUCAAGACUCAACUGAAGAAGACCGAAGCAGAGUUUGAACAGAUGAUCCAGGCCCGAAUCAGAAAGACUGAGGAGAUCAAACAUGCACUGGAGAGAAGCCAAAUAAAUAAGGAAAGAAAGAUACAAACAAGUGUUCAGGUCUUCACCAUGGUGGUCAGUGCCAUUGAGACAAACCAGGCUCUGCUCAUCGAGGACAUCGAGGAGAAGCAGGAAGCCAUUGAGAGGCUGGCGGAGGAGCUUCUGAACAAGCUCAAGCAGGAAAUCAGUGAACUUCAGAGGAGACGCAGUGAGCUUCAGUCCUUGGAGCACAGCAGGGACCAUCUUCAUCUGGUGCUGAGCUCAUCAUGUCUCCGUGCUCCGCCGCCCACCAGGGACUGGUCUGAAGUCAGAGUCCAGUCGGAUGUUUACAUAGGAACCGUGAGGAGGGCUUUCUCCAAGCUGGUGGAAAUCUGCAAUGAUCUCGACAAGAAACUAUCCACAGAAGAAGUAAACAGUGUGGCUAAAUAUGCAGAGGAUGUAACUCUGGAUCCUGAGACCGCUGCAGGCUGGCUGAUUCUGUCCUCCGACGGCAAAAAGGUGAGCCUUGGCUCCCAUCAGAGGAAACUGUCAUUCCACGACGACCCACGAAGGUUCGACUCCUGCGUCUCCGUCCUGGGAAAACAGAGCUUCACCUCUGGGAGGCACUACUGGGUGGUUCAGGUUGGGGAUAAAACAGACUGGGAUCUCGGUGUGGCCAGAGAGUCCAUCAACAGGAAAGGCGCCAUCACGGUUCGUCCUGACAACGGCUACUGGGCCAUCUGCCGGAGGAAAGGCGGCCCGCUGAGCGCCUGCACCGGCCCCUCCAUCACCCUCCACCUCCAGGAAAUCCCUCAGAAGGUCGGCAUCUUCCUGGACUACGAGGAAGGAUCGGUGUCCUUCUAUGACGCCGAGGCAAAGACUCACAUCUACACCUACAGCGGCUGUAGCUUCACUGAGCCCAUGUAUCCCUACUUUAACCCCUGUCUCCAUGACAACGGGAGGAACACGGCGCCGCUGGUUAUCUGUCCCGUUGAACAUCCCGCUGAGGAUGUGGCAACAUUAUGAACUCAGGACACAUGAGCAUGUUUUCAGGGUUUACACCUGAUAUUAAAUAUUUUUGGUGUAACUGAACGUGUAGAAAUAAUUUUUUUAUUCCAAACUUUAAAUAAAAAGAAGAAAUAUUCCAGCAGCUGGGACCAAAAAUAUUUAAAUAAAUCUGGUAAAACUGAACCAAUUUAUGUGUGUGUUUUCUUGUCUUUUUAAUGUUCAAUUGAUAUUUACAUUUUAAUACUCUUUUCAAGUAAAUCAAUCAAUCAAUCAACAAAUAUGGAAACUUUAUAGUUAGUUUCCAUCUAAAAUGGAAUUUCACUCUAUUUUGUGAUGUUAUUGAUAUUCUUCAUAUGGUAAAAAUGAUGAUAGAUUGGUUUUAUAUCAUUUUAUAAAUAUUAUUUGCCUAUAAAAUAAAUUUUCAGUUGCUUGACAAAUUGAAUCUUUUGCUCUCUUGACUCAGUUUUCUGCCACUUUAUUAAAAUGUAUAAAUGGAAAAAAAAUGUAUAAAUGGAAUCUAACACUUUUUGAUGUAAACAAAUCAAUGUUCUUGACAAAUAUGGGAAUUUUGUGAUUAUUUUACAUGUAAACUUUAAUUUCACAGUAUUUUUGUGAUGUUAUUGAUAUUUUUAUCUGCACUAAACAUGAUUAUUGUUAUAAAAUUGCUGGUUUGUUGCAAAAUUUUUGAAGGUUAUUUUCCUGUAAAGUAAGUUUUCAGUCAGUUAUAUGCACUGUACAGGUAUGGUGACUGUUCUGCUGGGUAUAUUCAGUAUUUCACCUUCUUCACUCAGGUUUUUGCAAUUUUAUUCAAAUUUUUUCAAGGUAAAUAAAUCAAUUUUCUAAAAAAAAAUAUGGAAACUUUAUGGUGAUUUUACAGUUUUUUUAUUUUAAAAUGUCUAUUUUUGUGAUGUUACUGAUAUAAUUAUCUACACUAAAAAUUAUUAUUGUUGAAAAAUUGUCAGUUUUACAUAGUUUUUUAAUAGUAGUUGCCUGUAAAAUAUGUUUUCAGUAAGUUCUGUGCCAUGUAAAGGUAGGACGACUAUUCUGCUUGACAUAUUUAAUAUUUUAUCAUCUUCAAUCAGGGUUUUUGCCACUUUAAUCAAGUUGCUUUCAAGUAAAUAAAUCAAUUUUCUGAACAAAUAUGGAAA